GUGGAUCUCAUCACAGGAAAAUGCGAUUUAUCUCAUUUUGGUUCGAGUAGCUGUAACUUUGAUCGUGACUUUUGUAACUGGAAAAGCAACGCUGGAUGGGUUUUGCAAAGUGCAGAUUCACAAAGUACUGAUGUCCCUGCUAGAGACAAGCAAAGUGUCGGAAUUGCUCGCACGAAUCCAAAAUACGUUGAAGUUACGCCGAAGAUGGAGAGUCCAGUAAUAGAUCCCCAAGAAGGCUUCAAAUGUCUGCGAUUCUGGUUUUUUAGUACAUCUACCAUCAUACAGCUGUACUCUAUCAAAAUCUCGGACCUUAGCCGCAAAAAAUUGUGGUUCCAUAAUAAACUCACAAAAUCUUGGAGUUUCAUGCAAAUACCUCUCCAGACACAGCACGAAUAUAAGCUAUUGUUUAAGACCAAUAGACAAGUCAAGGAAAUCAAGCUUGUGGUAGCUGUUGAUGACAUCGUACUUUCAAGAGACAGCUGCCAGAAUGCAACUUCAAUGAAUAUAAACUGUAAGAUGCGUACAACACAAGGCGAUUGCUGUUCAUUUCCGUUCAUUUAUAAAGACAAGUGUUACUCGUAUUGUAUCGGGGUCGACGGAGUGAAACCAUGGUGCAGUUUAACUGAUAACUACGAUCGCGAUGGACAGAAAGGGUUCUGUGUCGGUGGUAACACCGCUCUUAAAGCUCCAUUAGCCCCUACCCAGAGGACAUGUAGGAUUAUGACAGACAGUGGAAAAAUGUGCGUCUUUCCCUUUAAGUAUAACAACCGGUUCCACAGUCAAUGCUUAACGACGACAAGAAAACCAUGGUGUGCAACAACGCUGGACCUAGAUGUUGCUAUAAAUGAAUGGGGAUUUUGUAAUUAUACAAGCCUUGACCAAUGCGGCUUAUGCAAGCAAAAAACUACGAACAAUCAAUGCUGUGUUUUCCCUUUUAUAUAUGAAGCACGAAAAUAUUACAGUUGUACAGUAACUAAUUUUGACCGUUACUGGUGCUCUUUAACCGAAAACUACGAUCGAAACGAAAUGUUUGGCGUUUGUAGUGGAUAUGAAAAUCAUGUGGACUGCAGAGUUAAUUAUGGCAAACAGAAACCAACUCCACAAUGGACCCCUGUCCGUGGUUCGCCAUCGAACGUCAUGUGGUCUCCAAGGUUGUCUUCUAGUGAUGUCGUCUUUAACCAGGAUAACGUUAAUGGUUCUAUUAUUGAUAUUACAUCCGGCCUAUUUGAAAUAUCAUUUAAUGUUGUUUCGACGAAAGCAUUGGUCACCUUCAUUAUACCAGAUCUUGAGACAUUCACAGCCUGUGUUUGGAUGAAGACGAAUGAUACAGUAAACCAAGGAACUCCCUUUAGAUACCAUGGCACUAAUACCACUGGAUUUGGGUUGAUCAACUACAAGAAUAUAGCCAUAAGACUUAUGGGCAAAGAAAAGAAAAGUAGUGUAUCAGCCAACGAUGGCAGAUGGCACCACCUUUGUCUCGUGUGGACCUCAAAGGGAGGAGUUUAUCAGAUGUACAAAGAUGGAAUGUUCGUGAUACAGGGUAACGAUUGGCAUAAAGACCAAAAGAUACCAGGUGGUGGUAGUAUUUUACUUGUUGGAGCAGAUAACUUCGUUGGAAAGAUUAGUGGAAUGAAUGUAUGGACAGUAGCUAUGGGCCUGUCAGAGAUAGCUCAACGCGCAGUAGGUUGUGGUAUAGAAGGAGGUGAUAUUGUGGAUUGGUCAACAUUCAGCAACCGACAAGAUGUGGUUUAUCCGCCAACCUGCCUUGAUGUUGGUGGUAAAGGAUAUCUUAUUACACUAAACUCUACCAAGCAAACUGCAAGCGACUUAAUCAGCAACGUCUUCAACAGCCCAUUAGCUGAUUAUUCCAUUAGCCUUUGUUUUUACUUCCGGUACAUGGUGAUUGGUCACUCAAAUGCAUCUCUUAAGAUAUACCGAUCUGAUCUAAAGGAUCUUGAUACUAAUACGACUAAUGAAGAACUUGUAUGGGCUGUAUCCUCCAAAACAAGCCUACCGUUAUGGAGAUUUGGGACCGUGUCGUUGAGUGCUUUACAGACAUUUAAGAUCAAAGUCAGCGCAACUGUAGGUCUUGGUCAGGGUUCUUUUGGACUGGCAGGAUAUUUCGCAAAGCCUGGGUAUUGUCCAUCUUUUAGCAAAUGCGAAAUAAGAGGCUGCCAAGUGCAGUUGGCGAGUCAAUCAGGGACAUUCACAUCCCCUUACUUCCCUGAUUUAUAUCCAAAUAACAUCCAAUGCAAAUGGUGGAUAUCCCGGCCAAAUGGAUACGUUAUUCGCUUGAAGUUCCUUUCCUUUGAGUUACAAGACAGCCAAAGCUGUGAAGACAAUUAUGUUGUGGUAUACGAUGGUUCAUCCUCCAGCUCAAAAAUCCUGGGAAGAUAUUGCGGAGAUUCGUUUCCUCUACUACUGGAAUCGUCAUCUAAUUCGCUUCUCAUAGUCUUUAUGUCCGACAAUGAACGCAGUUUAUCUGGCUUUAAGAUGUCCUACUCUUCUCACAUAAAAGAAACAGAGGAUUGCAACUUUAUCGAAAAUUGUCCACCCAGUUGUACCUGUUCGGCUGUACUAGGAAAUCCUCCACCAGUUUCGAUAAUCUGCAAGGGAUUAACAGCGAUUCCAAUGAAAACUCCAGUCAACACAAUUGCCAUGAUGAUCUCAAAGAACCGCCUGUCACGGAUAGAAUACAGUAUUUAUUCCGAUCUUCAAUAUAUGGAUCUUAGUCAUAACUAYAUAAUGAGUGUUACACCGUAUUCGUUUACUGGACUCAAAAAUAUGACGACACUACGAUUGGAUUUCAAUUUUAUYAAGGAGCUUCAGCCAAACGUAUUUACUGGAUCGUCAAGGCUACAGAAGCUUGAUUUAGGUAGUAAUCUUUUAAGCACCAUAAAGUACAAGUCACUGUACAAUCUCCAAAAUCUUCAAGUCCUGAGUCUCCGAUCCAAUCAAAUCAGCCAUAUCGAGAAACAAGCAUUUGGAUUUGUCAAGAACCUAACACAUUUAUAUCUYCAAAACAAUCUAAUUGAAGCCUUACCCGAUGGAGUUUUUGACAGCUUAGAAAGUCUCAAAGUUCUGUAUUUGAAUAACAACAAAUUGAAGAAAGUCUCAAAGAAUACUUUCAGGAGCUUGCGAUAUCUUGAAGAACUAUAUCUCGAUAAAAAUCCCAUUCAAAGUAUAGAUGAGACGACGUUUGGUCACCUACAGAACCUACGACUCCUCAAACUAGAUCGCUUCGUCUUCUGCUGCUAUGCUUACAACUCCAUAAAAGGUUUAACAUGUAAAUCGCCAUCUUCUGCCUUCUCGAGCUGUGACAACCUGAUGAAGAACAAAACACUCCAAAUCUGUAUCUGGAUUCUUGGGAUCCUUGCCUUUGUAGGAAAUAUCGGUGUUAUUAUCUGGAGGCUAAUCGUGAAGGAGAGAAACCGAGUCCACUCUUUUUUACUUACAAAUCUUGCGAUAUCUGAUCUUAUGAUGGGAGUGUAUUUACUCAUGAUUGCUAUAAAGGAUCUUGAGUGGAGAGGCGUAUACUUUAAGAAUGACCUUCAAUGGAGAUCAAGUCGUGUAUGCCAGCUUGCAGGAGCACUCUCUGUCAUUUCCAGUGAAGUUUCCGUCCUUAUAUUAACAACCAUAACCGCGGACAGAUACGCAACUAUUGUAUUUGCUUUCAAAUUCAAAAGACUUAAAAUGAAAUCUGCUGCGCUUGUUGUAACUUUGAUAUGGAUCUUUGGUUUUGUGAUAGCAUUAUUCCCCAUGUUGUACAGUGACUACUUUUAUGAUUAUGAUGGGCAAGUGGGCUUUUAUGGAAGGUCAGGCGUAUGUCUUCCUCUACAGCUCUCUCAUGAACGAUUUCCUGGCUGGGAAUACUCUGUAGCUAUCUUCAUUGGUUUGAACUUUAUYGCAUUUAGUUUCAUUUUAGUUGCAUAUAUCAUAAUGUUUUGGAAAGUCCGAAGCUCUAGUCGUUCUGUUCGAUCAACUCAAAUGAACACUGAGUCUGCAUUAGCAAGAAAAAUGGCGUUCAUUAUCUUGACUGACUUCUGUUGCUGGAUGCCAAUUAUUAUCAUYGGAGUGUUGUCRYUGCUAGGGAAAUUUCCAGACCCAGAAAAACUUGCUUAUGUGUGGAUUGCGGUGUUUGUUUUACCAGUGAAUUCAUCGAUUAACCCUGUUUUGUACACGUUUUCGAAUUGCUCUUUAAGUAACAAAAAGGAAUCUAUCAUAACUUCGAUCAAACGCCGUUUUACUCAUGCUGUGUCGCAAGGUACGUUUGGUUUGUGAAAGGCCUUUUUAUGCACAUUAUUCUCAAAAUAAAGUUGUUAGUAUAUAGUGAUUGAUGCAGUAGGGGGCAUAUUGUCUUGUAUAAAUCCCUCGCCUCCGCCAUCGCCUCUAA